GCGCGUAAGAAUAAGCAAAUUAUGUUAUUUACAAAGCUUUAGAAGGAGUCGAUAGUUGAUUAUGCCCCUUAGUUUAAUUAACACCAUUUGCAGAGAAAUAGGUUAUUUAUCACGUGUUUUUUUGGUAAUGCUGACAUGGGAGAAGCGGAACAGAACGAAAAUGGGGAGCCGCUAUUGAAGUCAAAGAAAUCCAUUCAUUACUCAUUUUUAAGGUUUUUGAACAAGACAAAAAGAAAGGUUGAUGUGGUAUGGGUAAACUAUGAAGGUGCUCGUGUAAGGUAUAAAACACUGAAUCCUGACCAGUUCCUGGAUAUAAACACAUUUGCCGGUCAUCCAUGGAUAUUCUUUGACUCUGAGACAGGGGAUAAGAUGGUGGUACAGUUGAAGGAAGUGUUUGAACCUGUUGCCUGGAACUCAGAAGGAAAUAACUGGCCGCCACAGAGAAAAGUGGUUAAUAUCACAAUUCCAGUAUACAGUCUUCAGGAAUGUUGUCUACUGAAGUUGCGAAAACUUGUACCAAAGGACCGUAUCAAAGAUCUUGAAAUUACAGAUAUACUGAAGGAGGACUUAAAAAAGAUUAUGCUUUGCAGGGGGUCGGAAGUGAUAACACAGACUGCGUCAUCGUCAGUCACUUGAUUUAUAAAAUCAAAAAGAUGUAUAUUCUGGAGAUAUUUGUAUACUCUCAAGUCAGACAGCUUCAGUCUUUGUUCUGCAGCAUGACCUCAGGCAGUUCAUUUUGGAGAUGUGUUUUUAAAAGUUGCAGGAUUUGAUUGGUUGCUUCUGAGCGUAGACUUGAAAUUGACCAAUGGCAAGGCUGCAUUAAUAGACUGGUCACUAGGUGACUUUCUGUUACCUUCUAGGUUUAAACUGAAAUGUAUGUGUUAUGUGAAUUGUUUUUCAUGAUUUGUUUCCAGUGUUUGGUAUUGAAGAAAACGUUAUCACUGUUUAAAAGAUAAAUUUUGAUCAGUGUUAUUUCAAAGGUUUUCAUAAAAAAAAAGGAUUUUAUAGAAAGACACCUGUCAGGUGUAUGCAUUAUUUGUGUAUAAAGAUUUUAUUAUAAAUCCACACUGGAUAUAUUGUUAUUUAAUAAAGGUGCCAAUUGUUUGAUACACCUAUUUCAUGA